UGUGUGUAAUCAUGUCAUCUGUACAGAUCAUGCCCUUUGUGGCUCCAUGACUCAUCAGAUCUGAGUUCUGUCAGCAUAGCCCCCUAACCCAGGCUGCUGUAUAAAUACAGACGAGUCACUCAGAGGGUCCGUACUUCGCUCAGGCAUCAUGGCUGCCCCUCUCACCCUCUCACCCUCUCACCCUCUCAUCAUGCUGCUGGCUGCCCUCCUCUCCCACCAGGAACUGACAGGUGUGUCAGGGACUGAGAUCAUCAAUGGGCAGAAGGCUGGUAGGAGCUUGUUUCCCUUCAUGGCGUCGGUCCAGAACAACCUCAAACACAGCUGUGGAGGGGUCCUGAUCCAGAAGAACUUUGUUCUGACUGCAGCCCACUGUAACAAGAGAAACCUCAGCGUGGUUUUUGGGUCACACAACAUCGGGGAAAACUCAAAGGGAGCUGUGAGGUUCGCCGUGGAACGCAAAUGCAUACACCCUUCCUUUAAGGACAUCAGGACAGGAAAUGACAUCAUGCUCCUGAAGCUGUCCAAGAAAGUGAAAAUCAUCAAAGUGGCCAGGAUCCCGACCAAGCCGCGCGCGGUUGGUGCUAACAUCCGGUGUCAGUUGGCUGGCUGGGGGCCGACGGAGACAAGGGGCUUGGCGGUGGACGACCUCAGGGUGGUCAACGUGUCCACCGUCGACCUGGACGUCUGCCGCAAGAAGUGGCAGGAUGUUCCGUUCUCCCUCCCCGACAAAGUGGUCUGCGCAGGCGGGUACAAGAGCAAGAGUGGUGCCUGCCAGGGGGAUUCGGGGGGUCCCCUGGUGUGUGCUGGGGAGGUGGUGGGCAUUGUCUCCUUCAACAUGAGGAACAACUGUGACUACCCCAACGUCCCAAACAUCCACACCCAGGUAUCCAGUUUCCUGUCCUGGAUCAGAAAGGUCCUCAACAGCAGCACCUGCUAGAACACAGGCUCUCUCACCGUCAUGAAGUCAUCUCUCCAUUUCUCUUGCACUCACUUUUUUUUGUCUUUCCCCCCCUACCAAUCUCUCUGUCUUUCUCUCUUUGU